CUUUGAAAGGUGAAAGUUGAAUGGUUAUUCACCAUAUAGACAAAUGUUGUGCAAUGACAUAUUACACCAACAAAUAUAUUUGGGAAAACGAUUUACAGCAGUAGUUCACAAUGGCUAGUUCACAGGUAGUCGAUGAUAUGACACUUGAAAGAAAUCAAAAGCAGACGGAGGACAUCAUGGACAUAGAAAUUGAAAAAUCGGAUAUGGCCUGUGGAAUAAAUUAUUCUCAGUGUUUAGUACCAAAAGGAAUAGACAUUGCAAAAUAUAUCCUGCAGAAGGAAUCAUGGCCUAGAGAGGGAAAACACAUCCUAGCACAGUAUGACGAUCGCAGUGUUAUUGUUUAUCAAGCAUUUAAACCAGCUAUUGCUAAAUACGCAGUACAAAAUCAACAAUUUGGUGGGCCAGAUUUCAGUUAUGAAAGAAUGUCAUGGGUGAAAACUAAUUUUCUGUGGAUGAUGUAUCGAUGUGGAUGGGCAAGCAAGAACAACCAACAAAGAGUUUUAGCAGUUAGAAUUAGUCGUCAUGGAUUUGAGAAGAUAUUGGCAAAUGCCUUUACAGUAAAAUUUCAAAGAGAAGAAAAUGUACAAACCGACGAGAUAAGUGUGCGACUACAAUGGGAUCCUGAUCAUUCUCCUACAUAUGAUAAACUUGCAAGAAAAGCCAUACAACUUGGAUUAAAAGGGGAGAUAUUAAAGACAUAUGGUACAGAGUGGAUACAGAGCAUAACUGAUAUUACUGACUUUGUCAAGUCUCAAAAGAAAAUUCUGGACAGAGAAGGACAGAAAGAAUUAAUGACACCAAAGGAAAGAGUUUACAAUGUGCUGGAUUAUAAUACCUGUAGCAGGAUAGAUCUUGAUGUUUUUGAAGAAGGGGAAUCCAGAAACUAUGGUAUUCAUGGUAUUGUAAAUUAUUAUAAGAAUGUAGAAGAUGCUGCACAGACCAAGCCAAUGCCAGCUCCAUCAAAUAUACUUUGUGUUCUCGGACUUGGUUAUGAGGUUGAGAAUAAACACUUACAAGAGAUGUUUGGAAAGUAUGGACCAAUUGAGAGAGUAAACAUUGUUUGUGAUAAAAAGACUGGAAAGUCAAGAGGAUAUGCAUUUGUGGAAUAUAAAACUCUAGAAGAUGCAGUUAAGGCUAAGGAACAUUUACAUGGUGGCCAUAUAGAAGACAUAGAGAUAAAGGUGGAAUUUUCCCAAUCCAAAUCUAACUCUAAAGGUCAAGAUAGCCAAGGCAGUGGUACUUCAAAACCAAACCACUGGAAAUGUCAAGUUAGUGGUUGUGGAAAUUUUAACUUUCCCGUUAGAAAACGAUGCAGUAAAUGUAAUGCACCAAGAACUAAGGGACAUAAUGAAAGUAAUACACAGGAUGGUGGUGUACCUGACUUUGCAGCGGAACAAUGUGUUAGAAAUGCUGGCACUGCUGAACAGCCAGGGAAAGAAGAUAUUAGUGGAUAUGGCAAAGGAGGAAGAUUUACAGUACCAGAAGAUCUACACAUUCCACAGGGUAUGGAGGUGCCAGAUACACAGGAGCAACAUUUAGCAAUUGAAAAAACAGCAAAAUUUGUAGCUGCUAAUGGUAUACAGAUGGAAAUUAUGAUCAAAUCAAAACAAGGAAACAAUCCAAAGCUAACCUUUCUCAACUUACAUGACCCUUUGAACUUUUAUUACAACCACAUGGUCAAGAUGAUUAAAGCAGGAAAAUACACUCCAACAGAUCAAACAAAAGGGGACGAUUCAAUAGGUAAUGAAAUUCCACAGAAUACAAGCUGACAGUAGAUGAAGAUAACAGUUGAAAACUUUCAAAGAAUAUAAUGGAACAAAAGCGUUUCAUUCUAUGGUUACAGAUAUAUUUUGCAGUCAGUACUGUUUUGGUAAAAUCAGGAAAUUGAAAACUAUAAAAUUUAGCUAAAUAUUAUGAUAUGUAUACAUUGGUGACUAUUGCGACUGCCAUGAACGUAUUGCAAGAGUACAAUUUUAAACCGACUUUAUAAUACUGUUAUACAAAUGAUCUGAGACAAAAUCAUGUCAUUAUUUCAUAUUGGACUGUGAUAUUUAUGUUUUUAUUUAUCAUGAGCAUGUUAUGUUUUUAGUUUAUAAAUGUAUCUGCAAAAUUUAGAUAUUUUUUGUA